AUGCCAUGCGCUGCACUCAAAGUGGACGUGAGCUCAGAUAUUACAAUAAAUUCACCAGGCCUCACAUGCCUACUCACCUGCCACCUGUUUGGCUGUCUGUCUGCCUGUGUCUGGCUGGAUGCCUGGUUGGCUGGUUGGCUGGCUGGCUGGCUGGUUUCGCCGUCAUCGGAAUGUGAAAUAGACGCAGUAGUCAGCAAAUUGAAUGAUCUUGGACUGACUGCUCAGCCCUGA